UGCUUCUCUCAGUCAACAACCAUUUUUGUGGUUAUGUAGUAGUAAAUUUGUUAAAAAACAAACAUUCUUGUAUAUGAUUAUAUGUGAGAAUUGAAAUUGAAAGUAUGAGCAAUCCGAGUAACAGUUUUAGUCUUAAAGUCACAAAUGCAGACUUUGCCGAAAGACAAAAAAAUGUUUUCGAUCAGUUGAAAGUACUUGAAAAUAGCAGAAAAAAUACAGGAAAUCAUAAUUCGGUGGAAACGGAAGAACAAGUAGACCCUAAUAGACGGAACCAGCGUUCAAUUACAAAACAUUUUAGAGGCAAAGAAAGUAUAUUCAAAAAACCACAAAAUGUUGCUCCAAAAAAUUACAUCAACAGAAUACCAGAUUUCAAAAAGAAUCCACAUAAAUGGACGAGAUAUUCUCUAGACGAUGUUAGAGAGGAGGAUAUAUCAGAUAAAGGAAAUACUAAAGCAGCUUUAUCAUUCUUAAAAGAGUUAGAGGAAAGGAAAAGUCAAGAGAUGGAUUGUGAUCAGGAACAAGUAGAUCAACCUGUCAAGAAAAUUAUUUUCAAAAAACAUACAUCUACUGUCAUUGGUCCAAAAGAUGAUGAAAAUCCAGAUACUUGUAAACCUAGUUUUAGAAGUUCCAAAGUUGUCAUGCCUGAAUAUGUUGUAGGGCAAAAAAUGAAAAAGGAAAAGAAAAAUAAAAGUUUGAAAGCAGGCAAGGGAAAAGAAUUAAAAUUAGAUCAUUUGUUCGAAAGUGAAGAAAAUGAAUAAGUAUAUGUAUGUUACAUUGGUAAUUUAUGAUAUAUCUGGAUCUUACAAUUGUAAAUAAUUAAUAUUAAAUAAUAGUAAGCUGGUUGCUUUA